UUAGCAUCAAAUUGAUGCUUAGCGGAUUUUCAACAUUUGAAAACGCUCCGAAGGUGGUUGGCGACAUAUAAAGUUGUCAACAUUUAGCCAGGCGGUUUUGACUUUUUUCCACCUCCUUCUCCUCUUGUCUUUUUGCUGUGGCAACACCUCGGAUCCACUCGCGAAGACCGAAAAUGCCGUCCUACAAAAACAUCGACAGCUAUCUGGGCCAGAUCAAGAGCGACAGCUCUAAGGUUCUGGAGUUGUCAAUUGGAUCCCACAAGAAUGUGCCCUUUGGCGCGAAGAUUCCAAAAGCCGAUGCCCAGAGCCCGCCCACACUAAAGCUUCCCCCUUCUUUGGUCGACUCCAACAAAAAGUACAUUCUCGUCGCCAUUGACAUCGACGCCCCAUUCCCUUCAUGGCGCGGUCUCGGCCCUAUUCUUCACUGGGUUCAGCCAGGUUUUAAGCACGAUCCAGAAACCGGCAACUUGACAACCUCUGAGCCAUUUAUCACAAACUACAUUGGUCCCGCACCACCUCCGCCAAGUUCCCCUCAUCGUUACUGUUUCUUUUUGUACGAGCAACCUGAAUCGCUAGUUGUAAGCGAGCAUGCACCCAAAGGUGGGAAGAAAGUUGGGAAUGCGGCGAGGAUGUGGUUUGAUUUGGAGGGGUAUGAGAGUAAGAUCGGGCUGAAAGGGGGUAUUGUUGCAGGUAAUUGGUUUGUGAGUAACUAAGCCACGAAUUUAACUUUACACUCGAUGUUCCUGUGAAUCUUUAGAAAUGUUUCCUGCAUUUACGCAAAGCAGGAAGGUUUAUUGGCGUGCUGUUUGUUCAGACUCAGGUGUAUGUUCGUACUUGCGAAACAUUCCACACGGGCUCGAACUGGAAUACCCCUUGCAUAGACUCUAUCACGAACCACGAAACAAUUGUAUCGUGCCCAAAUAGAAUAAUUUUUACUCAAAACCAGGAUCCCAGUAGAAUUAAGCCACGGAAUGUGAACGCGAC